AUGUCUCUCUUCCUUCCACCCCAGGGGGGAGCUGGACCAUCAGGGAGUAGGGAUGAGACCUACAGGUUGUGGAGCCUCCAGCGACACAGGCUGGAGAAACUGGUGGCAAAGCUGGUGCCUGCUGUCCUGAGUGGACACCUCUCCUAUGUGAACACGUUUCUGGGCAGUUAUCGAACUUCUGCCACCGCCCAGCAGGUGCUGGACCAUCUGUUCCGAAGAUACGGAUGCAUCCUCCCUUUUACUGAAGAGGAUGGGGGACCACUGCACCAGCUGAAACAGGCCAUGUCCUCCAUCCUGGGCACCUGGCUGCUCCAGUACCCAGAUGAUUUCUACCAGCCUCCAGAAUUUCCAGGCCUUAAGACCGUUGUCGCUUACAUAGAGCUCAGCAUGCCUGGCUCAGACCUGGAGCAGCAGGCCCACCUCCUCCUGGUACAUCUGGAGCAACUGGAACUCCCAGAGGCAGACAGUGAUGCACCAGCUCCAGAACCCACUGGGGAAACCCCUCUGGAUGGAGAGCCAGCUCCAGCUCUCCCGCCUGUGAUAGCGCCAAAGCCAUAG